UCCUGUGUCACUGUUACUGUAGACGUGUUACCAGUCCUUAUACAUGAUGUGUUGUAGUGUAUGGCGUGAGAUGGCAGCAAUAUACUGAGCGAUGCAGAGAUCUCACCUGACAGUAAUGUACAGUAGCCAUGAUCCUGCUGUUCGGUAUAUUUCCUGUGGAUACCCUAUGUCAGAGUGCAACUGCUUAAGAUGAUGAUCCAAAUAGAGGGAUUUAAUCCAUGUGCAAGUAUAUGCUUGUGGGGGGUGAGGAGGGGUCGUUAUAAAUACAUGACAGAACUCCAUGUACAGUGUAUAUAUCACAUCAUUGUUUACAGCAUUCUAGCUGAAUGUCUUUUCGGGAGUCCUAGGAAAUCCGUGUUCCUGCUGUGCAAGACGCCGGCCCUCCAAAUGGCUGAGUGUGAGACAGAUGCGGACAGUGGUCCCACUUUGGAUGAUGAGGAGAUAAGCAGUACAUGCUUACAGGAACCACUAAAAUCAGAUAAUCUCACCGUCCGUUUCUCAGUAGAGGAGCUGGAGUCGUUUGAAGAGAGGCAAAAGGAAUCUAGCAAAAAUGAAACAACCGAAAUCCACCAGACCCCGACCUUAGUAGGUUAUAUUUAUGUCAAGCCUGAGAUCGUGUCCCGCAUCCACCGUGGAGAAGAGCUAUGUGUACGGAGCAACUUGUAUUCGCAAAACAGGGACUGCCACACUAGUACUUCUACAAGUAAAGAUGACCAAUCUGAAGAUGAAGGUGGAACACAUGUAAACUUUUGUUACGCCACUCCAGAAGAUGAUGGAAAUAUACAAGAUCCUGCAAGCGAUAAUGUUCCUCAAAUCAUACACAAGGGAUCUUUCCUCAGUGCUCCGCUGGAGAAUACAUUGUGUGACGGAGGAAGUACAUCCAACUCCAGAACUAUUAUAAAGACACCAUGUAUAUCGAGUCUUGCACUGAAAUAUGCUAUAGGGACUGCAACCCCAAUAAACACUCAAGUGAUAGAGGAAACGUGCACUGAAAAGGAUACUCCAUUCCUUGAAAAAGCAAUUAACUUUCCAAAAACCCGGACAAGGAGGAGACAUUUAAUGAGUGGCAGAAGUACUAAUGCCCAAGAUGCAAAUUGCACUUUCAUGGAACGUAAUAUUAACGCUAACUCAGAAGUAAAAGCUGCUAAGCCAGCUAAAUCCUACAUUUGCACUGUGUGUGGCAAGAGUUUUACCCAGAAUGCCAGUCUCAUCAUUCACCAGAGAACUCACACAGGUGAAAGACCUCACGUCUGCAAAGAAUGUGGAAAGAGUUUUAUCAGCAGCGCUUACCUAGUCAUGCACCAGAGAAUUCACACUGGAGAACGGCCAUACGUGUGUAAGGAGUGCGGGAAAAGCUUUAUAAACAGUUCCAAUCUUAUUAUCCACAGGAGAGUGCAUACAGGAGAACGACCCUACGUCUGCACUGAAUGUGGCAAGAGUUUCCGGCACAGUUCUGACCUGGUCAGACAUCAAAAAGUCCAUACUGGGGAAAGGCCCUACACUUGCAAUGAAUGUGGAAAAUGCUUUUUUCGCAGCUCACAUUUGAUUAGGCACCGCAGGGUUCACAACAAAAUCUAGAAAAAUGUCUUCAUAUAAUUAAUUUAUCAGUGUACUUAUUUAAUUUUUUGUGUAAUUCAAUUUCAUGCAUUGCCAAAUAUUUUAGUUGGACAUAUUAAGCUUAUCCAACCGCUGCCUCACAUACUACAAGUCCCAGUAUACUCUGACAGCCGGGUAUUGCCAAAGCAUGCUGGGAGAUCCACAGGUUUCUGGUUUAAGCCAGGAUACCCCUCCAUUUUUGCAGGGAUAUUUUUAUGCAGAUGUGUACAUUCCUGUUGUUCAUGAAAAUCUACCUAUGUAUCCUAACUAGUUAACCUUGCCUAGUCUUUUGCUUGGUAAAUAUCUGCCCAAAUAUUGAUGUUUUAGCAUGUUUUCUUGCAACAGGUAUAAUGAGCCAUAUGAUUACAGGUUUAUGGUUGGCUUACAUUUUACUUUUGUUCUUCCUGUAAUGUUAACACGUCUCAUUCCAAUCUG